ACGAUUAAAUUUUAAAUUUAUGUCUUUAAUAUUCCAGUUUAGAGCUCUUUCAGACGAGGAUACUGUAUCCGAGAUAUAGUAUGCGAGAUACAGAAUCGCGGUUUAAAAUUAUAACGGCUGCUGUAUGGGAUACCGCUGAGUUGCCCUGCUUGAAUCAGUUGUCAGUUGCAGUGCAGUACGUAUGGACGUGGAAGAAUGCAUAAUGAUGUGGUAUUUAAUCAGAAAAAAUGAAAGGAGAAGGACUAUGUGGGUUCAUCCAAUUGUGGAAAUAAGAGAAGCCAAGGGAGCUUUCACCUUAAUCUAUGCAGAUCUAGAGCAAGACCCAUCAUCAAAGUUUUUCAAUUAUUUUCGAAUGUCCAUUCAAUCGUUUGAAGAGCUGCAUGCUAAUUUAGAAUGUAAAUUAGUAAAAAAAGACACUGCCAUGCGUAAAAGCAUUACACCAAGAGAACGAUUGGCAAUAACCUUAAGAUUUUUAGCCACAGGAGAAUCAUAUCAAAGUUUACAUUACACAUUUAGAGUUGGUCAGUCUACUAUAUCUGAAUUUAUUCCUGUAGUGACUAAAGCUAUUUAUAAUAAUUUAAAGAAGGAUUACUUAAAGGUCCCUAAUACUGCAGCUCAGUGGCUAAACAUAUCCCAAGAAUUUUAUGAAAAAUGGAAUCUUCCAAAUGUCUUAGGUGCUAUGGACGGGAAGCACAUAAUAUUUCGAGCCCCACGUAGUGCUGGAUCUGCAUAUUAUAAUUAUAAGCAACAACACAGUAUUGUGUUGUUGGCAGUGGUGGAUGCAGACUAUAAAUUUUUAUAUGUUGAUUGUGGAACAAAUGACAGAAUAUCAGAUGGUGGAGUAUUCCAAAGAAGUACAUUAUCUGCUGCUAUAUCCAACAAUAGAUUAAACUUCCCAGCUGAACGCCCGUUACCAGGAAGAACAAUGAAUGUGCCAUUUGUUUUAGUAGCCGAUGCAGCAUUUCCUUUAUCUAGAAACAUUUUAAAACCAUUUCCAUUUCGCAAUAUGACAUGGCCACAGAGGCUAUUAAAUUAUAGAUUGAGUCGCUGUCGUAGAGUAGUUGAAAAUGCCUUUGGCAUAAUAAGUAAUAAAUGGAGAGUUUUAUUAACUGUUAUGAAUUUGUCACCUGCAAAAGUUGAACUAAUUACACUGACUUGUUGUGUUCUUCAUAAUUUUUUAAGAGUAAACUGUCCAUUGCCCUGCGAGGGGGAAGAUAAUGCUGGAAUAGAUCGACGUUUUACUUUUCGUUAUGGUUUAAGCCAACAGGGUGGAAAUAGGCCAAUGAGGCAUGCCAUCGAUUUUAGCCAAGAGUUUAUGAAUUAUGUAGUGAACGAAGGCCAAGUACCAUGGCAAAAUGACUUAACGUAG